AUGGUAUCUGGUAAAGAUAAGGCUUUUAAAGAGGCGGUCAAGAAAAAGAUGUAUAAUAAGUAUUACCUUAUUUCUAUAAUAUUAUUAUCAAUCUUAGUUGUAUCAAAUCAACUUGAUUUCUUGAGUAAUAGUAUAAUAGGAGAACCAGAAAUUAAUUGUGGUCAUGGAGAAAUUAAAUUUAAUAUUCAUACAAAAAAUGGAACACCAAGUACAAUUUUUGUUAAAGGAAAUUCAGAAAAUGAGGAAUGUUCUUUUAAAAAUACAUUGAAUGCUACCAUUCAACUUGAUAAAUGCAAUAUGCGUCGUAAAAGAGAAGUUAAUCCAGAUGGUGUUGCAUAUUCAAUGACUGUUAUCGUUCAAAUGCACCCAUUAUUUAUUACAAAAUUAGAUCGUGCUUAUAAUGUUCAUUGUUUUUAUAUGGAAGCUAGCAAAAAUGUUAAUUUAGAAAUGCAAGUAAGUGAUUUAACAACUGUUGUUCUUGAUACAGUUCCUGAGAUGCCUCAAUGUUCAUAUUCUGUUCAUAGAGAUUCACCUAAUGGUCCAGUAAUUCAUUAUGCACAUAUUGGUAUGAGUAUAUAUCAUGUUUGGGACUGCCCAUCAACUGUCUAUGCAAUGCUUGUCCAUAGUUGUCAGGUAUUUGAUGGUCAAGGGAAUGAACAAAUGUUAGUUGAUAAUGAUGGUUGUUCUACUGAUAAAUAUUUGAUGCCUGAAUUAACAUAUAAUGAUGAUAAAAGCAAAACAUUUGCCUCAUCAAGUGCUUUUAAUUUUCCUGAUCGUAAUUCUGUUUACUUUAAAUGUCAAAUCAAACUUUGUUAUAAAACAAGUGAUGAUUGUUCACAGAUUGUACCACCACGUUGUGGAGAUAAUAGAAAUAUCAAUAAAACAACUAUAAAUAUGAUUGAUGAAGAUCUUAAUGAGGAUCAACUUAUUGGAACAACAACAGAACAUACGGAAAAAGUUUAUAAAGAAGAACAAACAACACCAAAAGGUAGAAGUUAUAGAACAACAACUGAAGAAACAUUCCCAACACCAUCAGAAUUAAAUAUAUCAGAGAUAGAAGGUUCAGGUAUUGAAGAAACAACAACAAUGAAAUCAACAUUUAAACCAACAACAGCAUCAAUAAAAAUUCUUAAAACAAAAGGUACUAAUAGAUCUCAAAGAGAUACACCAGUUGAUUCAAAACGUCUUGUUGAUUUUGAUAUUUCAUCACCAGAGUUAACAAUAAUUGAUGAUUAUUUUCAAACACCAGAACAAUCUCCACAACUUGGUGAAUCAGCACAAUAUGUUAAUGAUUUAACUUCUCCAAAAACUUCUUCAUCAAAUGAUAUAUGUGUACCAAUUUUUGUAUUAUUUGCAAUAAUUGGUAUUUUUAUCAUUUUAUCAUCGAUUCUUAUUUUCGUUGUUGCAAAUUUACGAAGAACAUGGACAAAAUUUUAUUAG